GUUUUUGGGAGGAUAUGUACAUGUUAGCGGGCUCCACCUGUUGUCGCUGUUCUUAAGUCGUUUUACGGUCUGAGUUUUCUUUUCUCUGCAUGGCUGUUUUUGUGUUCGUCUUAUUUUUAACUGACUCUUCUUGACUUAAGUAGGGCAGCAGCUACGAUAGUUUUUAAUCUUUUCUGUCAGUCAGAGGCCAGGCCAAACAAGUAAGUUUUUAGGGCUCUCUUAAAGGCCGACAGUGAGUCUAAACUGCGGAUAUCUGCUGGGAGUGCAUUCCAUAGGCCAGGAGCAGCUACAGAAAAAGCCCGGUUCCGAGUUGCCACCAGACAUACCGGUGGCAACUGGAGAUGGACCUUUCCAGAUGACCUCAACAAGCGAUGGGGAUCAUACAGAAGAAGGCACUCUCUAAGGGAGCCCAGACCCAAGCCAUUCAGAGCUUUAAAGAUACAUGAGGAGUAAGAAAACACAGAACUGGAAGAAUGAAGUGUAAGGUUGCUACAUAUUUAUAAAAUAUGGAACUGGAGACUCAGUACUCCCCUAGCAGGUGGUCUCCACGGCUGGACAAGGAUGCUGUGAUUGAGGCUCAUGUGCAGGCCACGAGCGAAGCAACCCACAGUGCCCAGAUGGCCACCCAGACACUGCUGAAUGUGCCCUAUGGAUUGAGUGAGGGAGAGAAACUUGAUGUGUAUCUUCCUAAAGACCUCUCUGAAACUUUUCCUCUGGUCCUCUACAUUCAUGGCGGCUACUGGCAGUUUUUGAGCAAAAAUGUUUCAGGCUUUGCUGCAUGGCCUUUAGUGACUCAUGGCAUUGCCUUAGCUGCAGUUGGCUAUGAUGUGGCUCCCAAAGGCCAGCUGGAGGUAAUGGUCAGGCAGGUGCGACGUAGUGUGGCUUUUGCAGUUCAGCAGUACACAGGGAUCAGUGGUGUUUAUCUGCUUGGACACUCAGCAGGGGCUCACCUGGCCGCUAUGGUGCUUUCGACAGACUGGAAAGAGUUUGGUGUUGUGCCGAACAUCAAAGGAGCCUUUUUGGUGAGUGGCGUCUAUGACCUGGAGCCCAUAACACACACUUAUGUCAAUGAUGUUCUGCACAUGAGCCGGGAGGUAGCCCAGUGGAACAGCCCUUUGAAGUGUGUGCCUGAGUUGGAAAACAGGAGAGCUUGCCAAGUACUCAUCACUGUGGCACAGCAUGACUCACCUGAGUUCUGCAGACAGUCCCAAGAGUAUUUUGAGGCUCUGCGUGCAGCUGGCUGGAGUGCCUCCUUGCUGAACAUUGCAGACACAGAUCACUUUGAUGUCAUUGAGAAGCUCUCCCAGGAGGACUAUCUCCUCACACAGGUGAUUUUGCAAAUGAUCUUGAAAGGCUGAUUGGUUGAAGACCUCAGCCUGAAGUUCCUACCCAUAGCCAUGAACUCAUCCUGUGCUGUUGGUAUAUGCCCCCUGCCUCCCUUAAUGCUCUUAUAGUUCACAAUGGGGAUGUACUUCUUGCCACUCUCUUUUCUCAGUUGCAGCUGUAUGAAGUCCAGAAAUCAAUUUGGAAGACGCAAGUCUGUUCAAAUGGAACUCUGAAAUAUAUUUCUACCUGAUUGCUUUGAAGGGAAUUAGUUUUUGAAGGGAACACAAUUUCUUUCUCAUAGAUACUCUGAUGCAAAACCAGCCUUAUCAGUAAACUUUGGAUCUCUGCUGUUAUUAUAGACUGUUUCCCAAACUGCUUUUUGAGAACAUUAAAGUAAAACCAGAACAUAAAUUGUAACUGCAUUGUGGUUGUAAAUCACUUUCCUCCCCAGGAGAUGAUGUGGAAAUGAAUCUGUGAGCACAGACAAGACGUAAUUGCUACAUAAAUCACAC